AUGUUGAUGACAAACUCCCCAACGCGCGAGUUUGCUCCUGUAACCCUUCGAUUCCUUUUCGAACCUAACUCAGGCCUCUCUGAUGAGACUGACGCGUACGCUAAAUUGAAUAUGCCAGCUCCAGCGGUGAAAAUCGAUUCGCCUGGUGGUGCCACACGGUCGAAGUCUGUACUCCGUGAUGCAUCAGAUGAAGAGGCCAAACAAAGAAAGAAAGUCCAGAAUCGACUUUAUAAAAGAGCUUCCAGGUUACGUAAAGUGACAGGCGACAAGUCGAAAACCAGAGACGCGCGAUACAAUUAUCAAGUCAAUCGCUGGAGGCUUGAUGAGUUCGGUGCAACUAGACCUCCGAGACCUCCGAGACCUCCGAAAGGGUCUACUGCAGCCCCAGACACGACAGCGCAAACCAGAACAGAAGAAAGCAGUAGCGUGGCGACGCGGAACCAAGAGCUAUGGUUCCCGCUCCCAAUCGAUCAUCUGAUUCAUCUAGUCAAGUAUAAUGUAUUUCGUGGCCUCUGGAAGAACAAAUUCAUGGUGGAUAGCUUGACAGUGCCAUAUUGUGCGCCAGGUCCCUCGAUCGACACAAGUUUCGCUUUUCCAAGAUAUUCUUCCAUACUACCCAAGACACCAGAAUACCGUGGCUCGUUGGCCCCAACGCAAGUCCAGAUGAGCCUCAACCACUUUUCUUGGAUCGAUUGUCUUCCUUGUCCGAUAAUGCGGGAGAAUCUCAUCAGCCAUGAGUUCAAUUUUAGCCAUGUUGACUUUCUGAGAGAUUUAGUUGGGACUUUGAUUAACUUGGACCUGUUCAAGGCACCGAUUCUGCCAAUGUCUACUAAUAGGAGAAAUCUUGCGGGUGACCAGGACGCUGUUUCUGCAGGGUCAGGACUUAUUCUAUGGGGAGAACCUCAUCUGAUAGACAGUUGGGAGAUAACACCAGACUUCUUGCUAAAGUGGGGGUGGACGAUUAUGAAUUGCCAGGGAUUGGUUAACUCGACGAAUUAUUGGAGGAUGUCGAGAGGGGAAACACCACUACUACCAUAAGCUAUCGAUUUCCUCAAAUCAAGAUGUUGGCUUUAGCUCAUCCUUCAAUGUUCCGACAGGAUCUUGUGUCUGAUGGUCACCCCAACUGGCAUCCCAUCCAUGCUCAAGCAGAUAGUCUUUCCAGAUCUUAUC